UGUUUAUCAAUACCACUGAGAAAGAGAAGAGAAGAGAGAGAAAAUGGCGAUAACACUGAACAAUGGAUUCAAAAUGCCGAUUAUUGGGCUUGGAGUUUGGCGUAUGGAAAAGAACGACAUCAAAGAUCUCAUCAUUAACUCCAUUAAAAUUGGAUAUCGUCACUUUGAUUGUGCUGCUGAUUACCAGAAUGAAGCUGAGGUUGGGGAGGCACUUGCUGAAGCAUUUCAGACUGGGCUUGUUAAGAGGGAGGAUCUCUUCAUAACAACUAAGUUAUGGAACUCAGACCAUGGACAUGUACUUGAAGCCUGUAAAGACAGUCUAAAGAAACUUCGACUUGAUUAUUUGGAUCUGUACUUGGUUCACUUUCCUGUAGCCAUAAAGCAUACUGGAGUUGGUACUACAGCGAGUACGCUGGAUAAAGAUGGUAUGCUGGAAAUUGACACAACCAUAUCCUUGGAGACCACCUGGCAUGCGAUGGAAGAACUUGUUUCUAUGGGUUUAGUUCGCAGCAUUGGUAUAAGCAACUAUGAUGUCUUUCUGACAAGAGAUUGCUUAGCAUAUUCCAAAAUCAAGCCUGCUGUGAACCAGAUUGAAACACAUCCUUAUUUCCAACGUGAUUCACUAGUGAAAUUCUGUCAGAAGUACGGGAUCUGUGUUACUGCCCAUACUCCUCUAGGAGGUGCUGCUGCUAAUACUGAAUGGUUUGGGACAGUAUCUUGCUUGGAUGAUACAGUUCUUCAGGGUCUUGCAGCGAAACACAAAAAGACUGCGGCACAGAUUGCUCUGCGAUGGGGGAUUCAGCGCAAUACAGUUGUCAUACCAAAGUCGUCCAAGUUAGAUAGAUUGAAGGAGAACUUCCACAUUUUUGAUUUCGAACUGACUGAAGAAGACAUGGAACAGAUUAAAAGCAUAGAUCGCAAGUACCGGACCAAUCAACCAGCCAAGUUUUGGGGAAUAGAUUUGUAUGCUUGAAAGCUCAAUCAAGGAUAAGAAUUUAGGACCUCUGCUUAAAGAUGAAUUUAAAACAAGAUUUUCUACUGCUUCAGUGCCUGGAUGCAUAAUUGCAUAUGUAUCUUAAAAACUUAGAGCUUGACACUCAUCUGAUUCUGUAGAACUGAGUGUAUCUUAGCGCAGUAUGCUUUUGGCCUGCAGGACUUUAAGACUUCAAUUUAUGGUACCAAAACUGUAAUAUGUUCGCGUUAUAUUAUACUCCCAUUCAUGCUCUAAUAA